AUGUUAUCGCUCGCUGAUCGUCUUCAAGCUGAUAUUCAAUUGAAUUUUUACGACAAUGCUCAAGGAAAAUUUGGAAGUCCAAUUGCUAAAAAGUCCAGAAGGUUGCAUUCUCCAGCAAAAUGGUGGGAACGAUUUGGAAGCAAAACACCCGAGCUUAUGAGAUUUGCUAUACGGGUUCUUAGUCUUACUUGUAAGCUUCGGGAUGUGAAAGAAACUGGAGCACAUUUGAGUCGUCGGGGAAUCUUUGAUAGCCUUUUGGAUUUAGAUAAGCGAGUCGAUAUUGAUGUUGAUAAUGAAGAUCAAAAUUAUUCUCCAAUUAUAAAGAAGAAAAGAGUUGGUGAAAGCUCAAGUAGAAAUAAGGAUCCUAUUGACAUUCAUGAUGAUGAGGAGAUGUAA